GCAGUACUUAUCUAGCAAACAGUUGGCAGUAUAACUUGUAUUUCGAUCCACGGCUUGGUAAGUUCAUAAAAUUCACAUAUACGGUCAGAACUCUCCAUAACAACGUUUCGUUAUAACGCUCAAGCUUUUUUAAACUGAUUUUCCAUUUUAUGUUAUAUUUUAUGUUCUCUGUACGACAUUUUGCUAUAGCAACCAAAAAAAUAUCCAGACAAACGAUGCAGUUAUAGAGGUUUGACUGUAUAACUCUUUUGAUAUUCUCUUUGUUUGACACAUCUCAUCUAUUUUGAUCAAUUCUGUCACAGACAUGAUCGAGGAAGAUGCUUUAAAUAAGAAAUCAUGUCUGCAAGUGUUAAAGAUAAUGAUAAAGAAAGCUGAUUCAGAAAUUGCUGAACUUGAAGAUGAUAUACUGAUGCUCCAGAGACAACUUGCCUGUGAAGAUGAUAUGCGUUUUGCUGAAUUGAAUAAAAAGAUUGCUAACCUGGAUAGUAUGCUAAGGACCUUAAAGAAUGAGAAUGAGCAGCCUGCAGAACCUGGUGUUGAAAGUUCAAACCUCCCUGAAGAAGAUCUUAACAAAACGGAAGCAACAGACGAUCACAACUCAAAGGAUAUCAAAACUGUAGAAUUCAAAGAUGGUUGUACUGCCCAGGUCUUGGCAUCUCUGGUUCAAGUGAGAAAUCAACAAGAAACACAUGCAGGAACAACACUGGAGGAUAGACAUUCUUCAGAACAAGAGGGCAAAGAAUAUAGCAGCAAAACAACACAGAGAGUAGACAUGGACAGCAUAAAUUCUCCAUAUGGAAUGAAGGGACAAGAGGUUGUGCAUACUGAGACUGAAUGUACUAUAGAGGACACAAGACCACAUCUGUUAAAUUCUGAAUGGAAUUACGGAAGCUACCCAAAGGAAUUGUUAAUCAACCCAUUCGUACACUCUAUGCGAUCUCUUGAAGCAAUAGACAAUCACAACCCAAAGGAUAUCAAAACUGUAGAAUUCAAGGAUGGUUGCACUGCCCAGGCCAAUAAUGCAGUCUUGGCAUCUCUGGUUCAAGUGAGGAAUCAUGAAGAAACACCUGCAGGAGCAACUCUGGAGGAUAGACAUGUUUCAGAACAAGAAACCAAAGAAUAUAGCAGCAAACCAACACAGAAAGGAGACAUGGACGGCAUAAAAUCUCCAUAUGGAAUGAAGGGACAAGAAGUGGUGCAUACUGAGACUGAUUGUACUAUAGAGGACACAAGACCACAUCUGUUAAAUUCUGAAUGGAAUUAUGGAAGCUAUCUACGAAAGAAGUUAAAGAGUGGAGGCUACCACUACCAGGACAAGACCAUCAUGGAAACUCAACGAGUGGCUGGAGCCGAAGGAGCUGGCGGUUUUGCAGACAUUAGUACAACUUCUCAGUUCCACUUGAGAAAGAGGAGUGGUGCACCAGUCAUCCAAGAGAAUAAAGAUCAGAGAAAUGUUCGGAAUACAUUGGUAAAGUCAUAUGGCAGAGCAAGUCAAGAGCUGCUGGUCAUGCACAGAUACUCCUAUGAUUACUCUGAUGUUCAUAAUGUUAAAGUUGCUUUUCCCAUGUCAUCUAGUACCCCAUCACCUCGUAUACCAGAUAUCAAUAAAAUGUCACUGGUUCAACUCAGGGCCUUGGCAAAUCGACACAAUAUAUAUGGGGUAUCCGUUAUGCGGAAGGCGGAUCUGCAACAACUGCUUCGCUCUAAGCUGCCAUAUUGGUCAUGACAGCAAUCGCUCUAUUCUUUUUGUUUUUAGUCUUAUUAUAUAAGAUAUACAUAGGAUGGUUUCCUAAUUCUUUUGUAAAGGAGAACAGGAAGGAAUUGGGGUCUAAACGUUAAAGAGUAAACUAGCAAAUGGUGUUCAUACAAUCAACUGUACCAUAUUAAUAGUUCAAGAUUGUAGUCCAUUCACUAGUAGAAUCUUGUGACUUUAUAUGGAUGUUGUAGUAUUUGUCCAUAUAUUUCAAAUUAAGUUAUUGGU